AUGAAUUUAGAUGAAUAUAUUAUUCAAGAAAGAUUAAAACUCAAUACAAAAAUAGAAGAACGCUAUCAGGUUGUCAUGUAGUAAAUACAAUAAAAGUGCCAACAAUAAAUAGAAUUAAUUAAACAAGAACUAGAAAGCGUAAAAUAAAUGAGUGAUGUAUAUGAAUAAAAGUUUAUUGAAAUGGAAGAGGAAAUUAAAAAAUAACAAUUAAUAAUAAAAAAUGUGGAGGAGAAAAAUUGUGAAUUAUAAAUUCAAAAUUUCUAGCUUCAAAGUGAUUUAAGAUUGAAGGAUGAAAUAUUAUUAAAAAAUGUAAAAGAAUGCAUGAAUUUACAAUCUAAUGCAAUCAAACAUCAAUCAAAAGGAGUUCAUUUAUAUAAAUAAAAGAUAAAAGAGAAAUAAAGAGUAAAAAAAAUAAAGGAAGAGUAAAAGAUAUUAAAAGAGCGCAAUAAAUAUUUAGAAUAAUUGAUAGAACAAUAGUUACCUCCAAAUCAAGUAUUUGAGUAUUUAUCGAACAAAUGUAGAGUGUUAUAGAAAUAGUUUGAUGAAUUAAAUUAUAAAUAAUUUUUAAAGAAAUGAACGAAGCCAAUUAAUAGCCAGAAAAAAACUCAUUAUAAGAGCCAGCUCACACAGGAAAUCAAAACUAAAUGCAAUAAGAGAAUCAAAAUCAAAUUUUUACAUUCAAAGCGCCUUGGCCAAUUUAUGCAAUGGGAUUUCAAUCAAAACCCACUCCAUAAUCUAGAAUUGCAAUAGGGAGUAUGAUUGAAGAUAUUUAGAAUGAAGUCAUCUAUUUAAAUUGAAAAUAGGUUUAUAUCUUACAAUUAGAUAAAGAAUAAGAAUCUUUUUUCAAGAAGGCUAAAUUCAAUCAUAGAUAUGCUCCAACAAAAGUAUUAUGGAUUCCUGAUGUAGAAGGAAAGUAUCCUGAUUUAUUAGCUACAAGUGGAGAAAAUUUAAAGGUUUGGGAGUAUGAUGAUUAAAAUGCACAAGUGAAGAUUAAAUGGGACUUAAAGAAUGUAUCAUAAUUAAUUAAUAAAACCAUUAUUUUAGACAAGUGAUUUCAAUGCACCAUUAACUUCAUUUGAUUGGAGUUGUAAAUAACAGAAUUAUAUUGGAACGGCUUCAAUUGAUACAACUUGUACAUUAUGGGAUAUUGAAAAAUAAACUGUUUUUACAUAAUUGAUAGCACAUGAUAAAGAGGUAUAUGAUAUUUGUUUCAGUGUGGAUCAUUAAAUAUUUGCUUCGGUUGGAGCAGAUGGCAGUUGUAGACAAUUUGAUUUAAGGUUAUAAAUUUAUAUUUAUUUUCAUAGAGCUUUAGAUCAUUCUACAGUUUUGUAUGAAACUGAAAAUAGUAAUCCAAUUGUUAGAUUAGCAUGGAAUAAAAUGGAUACUAAUUAUUUAGCUAUUAUCGAAAUGGACGUUAAUUAUGUCACACUUCUAGAUACUAGGUAAUUCUUAUUAGUAUACUAAUUUUAGAUAACCACUUCUACCAUUAGCAAAACUAAAAAAUCAUAAAGAUUUUGUUAAUGCUAUAGCUUGGGCACCUGAAUCAACAACUCAUCUUUGUAGUGUUUCUGAUGAUUUUUCCGCUUUAAUUUGGGAUUUCUCAGAAUUAUAAAAUAAACAAAAUGAUCUAAAUUCUAUUGGUAAUAUCUAAUUUUAAAUAUCUCUUUUAGACCCCUUACUAGAAUAUAAAGCAGAGAAUGAAAUUAGUAAUUUGUCAUGGUCUUUAACUAAAUUGGAUUAAGUGAGCAUUUGUUAUAAUAAAUCGUGUUAAAUUUUAAAUGUUUGA